UAUGCGUAAGAAAAGCUUGAUUAAUUGCAAAGAUAUGAGUGGAGGAAUAUGCGACUGCUCGGGCUUUGCUAAUCACUAUACAGAAGCUUGCACAUAUUAUCCUGGAAUUAUACCAAAUUAUCAUCCUAAAAUUAAAAUUAUACCAAAUUAUGAUGAUUGUUCAAGAAAGGACUGUAAUAAAUAUCCUAUUUAUGAUGAUACUCCUAAAGUAGUAUUCCUUGAACAACCAAAAUUUAUAGAAUAUGAUAAUUGUGGAGACAGGUGUGACAACGAUUCUCCCACUUCAAUAAUCUUAAUAGAUGAGAAAGAAAAGGAUCCAUGUUUUGGUUUUGACUAUAAUGGCUCUAACCUUCACUCUAACAUUUUAAGAAAGAAGAGAAUUUGUAAAUGGAGGGAUCCUAACUGUUGCUAUAAAAAGGGCAAAUGCUUGGAAAAUGUACCUAGGCCUAAUUAUAUUUAUCUAGAUUCACGCAAAUGAGGUAUAAUUCGACAAACCUAAUCAAGAAUAUACACAUCUAAAAUAUAAUAAAUAUUUAUUAAUUAAAUAUUAAUAAAAUCAAAAUCAUCCUUUUUUUUUAUCCUUUAAAUUUAUUGAAAAUGAUUGAUUUUACAAUUUGUC